AUGGCCAAAACAGAGCCCAAACUCCGCCCGUGGAUUGUCCACCUCCCAUUACGCAUCCUCUCCCUCCCGGCCGCGCGCGCCUUCUUGAUCUGCGGCCUCAUUUGGCUCCUCGGUUUCAGCUACGGCCGCCUCUUUCUGUGGCGCGAUCCGCAUAGCGCCUACUUCCAGUCCGACUCGGUCUACGACCUCGACUACUCAGCCGUUCGCCAGCGCCAAGCCCGCGACUACAUCGCCCGCGUCACCCGCGACGUAACCGCAGCAGCCGACGACGCGCACGACAGCAGCAAUGGCGCGACAACGCGACCCAGCAAGACCCCGCAAAAGGCAGGGAACACCCCGGCCCUGUGCGCCGCCUUCGUGACGGUCCGCCGCGACGGUGAUCAAGCGCGCCAGUACUUUCCCGACGCCCUGGGGUCGAUGCUGGCGGGGCUGGACAUGCGCGAGCGGGCGGCGCUCGCCGUCAAGGUACUGUUUGCCAACACCGAUCCGGCCCAGCACCCAGACUGGGAGGCACCCUGGGUGCGGGCUCUGACCGAUUCGGCCGCCGGCUACGAGAAUUUGACGAGCCUGCAGAGCGCGGGGCUGCGCAAGGCCGAGGAGGAGAGGGAUCUGCAGCUCAAGGGCGUGUUUGAUUACUUGUACGUGUUGGACCGCUGCUUGGAGGAGACGAGCGCGCCGUUUAUUGCCGUGUUCGAGGAUGAUGUGAUAUUCGCGGAGGACUGGAUGGCGAGAACCAUGCGGGGCCUGCAGUACCUGGCGCGUGACUACACGCCCGCGGAGGGGGAGAAAGAUUGGUUGUAUCUGAGGCUGUUCUAUACAGAGACGUUUCUGGGUUGGGCGGCCGAGGGCGACUGGUGGUAUCGCCACCUGCCGCUGAUGCUGGCGAUAGCUGCCGGCGGCACCGCCGUGUUUCUCGUCCUGUUGCGGCUUCUGAGAUGCGGGGAGCGGUUGCGCCUUGACUGGGCUACCAUUGCCGUACUCUCUCUGCUCGUCGCUCCCGGGUUUACGGUGCUGGCCUAUAUGGCGGGCAAGCACAACCUGCCGCUGCCGGGCUACAGCCUCCACCACAGCGUCCCUCUUGGUCCACCUACAUCCGCGUUGGCAGCCGGCGUUGUGCCCAUGGACAAAAAUGGUUGUUGCUCGCAGGCGCUCGUCUUUCACCGGCAAGAACUCCCGAAUCUCAUGCAGUAUCUACGGCAGAGGGAAAGGGGCCAGACCGACAUCAUAAUCGAGGAGUAUUGCGAUGCUACCGGGAUCAGAAGGUUCGCCCUUCGCGAGCAGGUGGUCCAGCAUGUCGGCCUGGUAAGCAGCCGGGGCAUGGCGACUGCUGAUACGCGCAGCGUAUGGGCCUUCUGGUUCGAGGCUAGCAAGCCCCACGCGGUCGAGGGCAGCCACCGCAGGGUUGUUGAGGAGGUGGACUGGGCCAUGUUUGACAGGCUGGCUGCUGGCUAG